GGUGAGCACUCUCGCGAUACCUGAACGUACCGCGGCGGCCAGACGAAGGAGAGGUUUGUAAACAGGGCAGCUCCAAGAUCUCAGGGAUUAAGGGAAAAAAAUUAGAUCGUCUCCUGAGCAUCGAGGCUCCCUCCGUCUCCGCAGGCACUCUACAUGUCAAAUAUUUCUUUCAACCGGCCUUUUUGGACCGGAAGUCCUCCGUCCUGAGCGUCCAACACUGGAAGCGGCCUUUCUUACCGGAAACCCUUUUCCGGGGCAUAGGAAGACGGCCUACCUGGCCGGAAGUCCCACCUCUUUGAGAUUUCUCCCACCCUUCCUGAAGUUUUUGUUUUUUUGUUGUUGUUACCUGUUUGCCUUCGUUCCUAUUGUUUUUAUUUCUCUACCAGAGAAAGAUACAUUGUCUCCCCUCCCAGCUCCACUAAGCUGGUUUGAUAUCUCACUUCCCGAAUCAGUUCCUUCCCUGACGCCCCCAUGUAGCUGAGAAGCGGGACCUAGGGGUGGUCGGACCCCUGGGAUCCUGAAGAAGAGGCAGAGAGGGCGCAGGACUCGGCUUCUGCUCCUGCUAUCAGGACGUGACCUCCUCAGCUUUAACUCUCCUGCUGCCAUGCACCCUGCGGCCUUCCCGCUUCCUGUUGUUGUGGCUACUGUGCUGUGGGGAGCAGCCCCUAUCCGAGGGCUUAUUCGAGCGACUUCCGAACACAAUGCCAGCAUGGACUUUGCAGACCUUCCAGCUCUAUUUGGGGCCACUCUGAGCGAUGAGGGGCUCCAGGGGUUUCUUGUGGAGGCCCACCCAGAAAAUGCCUGCAGUCCUAUUGCCCCGCCACCCUCGGCCCCAGUCAAUGGGUCAGUCUUUAUUGCACUGCUUCGAAGAUUCGACUGCAACUUUGACCUCAAGGUCCUAAAUGCUCAGAAAGCUGGGUAUGGUGCAGCUGUAGUACACAAUGUGAAUUCCAAUGAACUUCUAAACAUGGUGUGGAAUAGUGAGGAAAUCCAACAACAAAUCUGGAUCCCAUCUGUGUUUAUCGGAGAAAGAAGUGCAGAGUACCUACGAGCCCUUUUUGUCUAUGAGAAGGGGGCUCGGGUGCUUCUGGUUCCAGACAAUAGCUUUCCCCUGGGCUAUUACCUCAUUCCUUUUACUGGGAUUGUAGGACUGCUGGUUUUGGCCAUGGGAACAGUAUUGAUAGUUCGAUGUAUCCAGCACCGGAAACGGCUUCAACGGAACCGACUUACCAAAGAGCAACUGAAACAGAUUCCUACCCAUGACUAUCAAAAAGGAGAUCAAUAUGAUGUCUGUGCCAUCUGUCUGGACGAAUAUGAAGAUGGGGACAAGCUGCGGGUACUUCCCUGUGCUCAUGCUUAUCACAGUCGCUGCGUGGACCCCUGGCUCACUCAGACCCGAAAGACCUGCCCUAUCUGCAAACAGCCUGUCCAUCGGGGUCCUGGGGAUGAAGAGCAGGAAGAAGAAAUUCAAGGGCAAGAGGAAGGUGAUGAAGGGGAACCAAGGGACCAACCUGCUUCCGAAUGGACCCCACUCUUGGGCUCUAGCCCUACUCUUCCUACCUCCUUUGGCUCCCUAGCCCCUGCUCCCCUGGUCUUUCCUGGGCCCUCCACAGAUCCCUCACCUUCUCCUCCAUCUGCUGCCCUGGCCUGACACCCCCAUACUUGGUACCUCUGAUGACCUAUUUGCACAAACUCUUUUUCCAGUCUAAUAAGCUGAAGGUGAGGGAUAGGGGACAUUUCCACCCCAGGUUCGUGAGCCCACCCUCAUCCUUUUUGAGGGGGCUAGGAGCCAUAGGAACUGGUCUUUGCUUCUUGGACUAAUAAAUUUGUUUUUUUUUUUUUAA